AAUUCGUUUCUUGAAGAGGGCGAGCGAUUCUAAGGAAAUUCCGUUAUCCAUUUACAUCAUCUCUCUAUAUAUUUUCUCCCGGUUCAGUCUCCUUCACAAAUUAGGGUUUUUGCGUUUCGCUGUUCUUCGAUUUGUAAUCCGGCUACACAACCAUGGUUUCUGAUUCAAUCACUACCGCUCCUAUUCCUUCAGCUGCAAACGCGAAGAAUUUGAGCAAGAAAAAAAGGACCAACAGGUCUGCUAAAUUAAAGCAAUGUAAGAUUGAUGCCCGUCGCGAGCAGUGGCUUUCUCAAGUUAUGGUCAAGACUAAGAAUUGCAAGGACCUAGGGGACGGUGGACAUGCGCCCUCCAUGCCUGUUGGGGAAGCCAGCAAACGUUCAUGGGAGAAAUUGGAGAUGAUCCCUAGAGGUGAGGAGAUUGAUGAAUCGAUCCAUCAUGAUGGCUACAUGGAAUCUCUAUCCAAUAGUCCCUCCAGUGUUGAUAGUAGCAUGUUGGGGGGUAAUGAGUCUGGAACAAAUUUCACUGGAAGCAGCAGCAGCAGUGCCGGGACCUGCUCUGGGAAUGUCACUGAAGAAGAAGGCGAUGAUGAUUGCUUGGAUGAUUGGGAGGCUGUGGCUGAUGCAUUAGCCGCCAAUGACAAGCAUCAAAAUGCAUGCUCGGAGUCACCCCCUGCUCAUGAAUCAGUUGUGCAAAUGGUUUCGCCUCGUGAAAUGACUCAUGGGUCGUAUUUAGGUGCACGGAAUUCUAAAACCGAGAGUGAUAGACUAGUUCCGUUGGCCUCUGGCAAUAGCCGAGCUUGGAGGCCUGAUGAUGCUUUUCGUCCUCAGAGUCUUCCUAAUCUUUCUAAGCAGUAUAGUUUGCCAAAUCCGGACUCUCGUGGAGGAGGGAUCCCAUCGGCUCACCCUGCUGCACCAUCGCCUUGUCCAAUAUGCUGUGAGGAUCUUGACUUGACAGAUUCGUCUUUUUUACCUUGCUUGUGUGGAUUUCGGCUUUGCCUCUUCUGUCACAAGAGGAUUCUUGAGCAGGAUGGUCGCUGUCCUGGGUGCAGGAAGCCUUAUGAUUGCAAAUCUGUUGAGCCAGAGGCAAGCGUCCAUGGAGGCAACCUGACUCUUCGUUUGGAGCGCUCACGUAGCAUGAUUUAUAGGACAUAAAGGAGUCUCAACUUGGUGCAUCCUUGCUUCUGUAUUCCUAGGUCUAAUUUUCGUAGGUCUAGCUGUUGUAGGUAUGGAUUUUGUGCCCGAGGGAAUCAACCUGUUUCUCAAGGCGAGUUUGGUUGUUAUCUUGUGGUGCAUUUGUUGAUGUAGAAUGCUCAGGGUGAUAUGUGAAUAGAUGAAAUGGUAUAGAAAUUUAAUAAUUGAAAAUUAUUGUGCAUGUUGUUUA